AUGCAUUCGGAUACAUUUUCACGAGUAAGGGGUGUUUCAUUACCUCCAACUCGAGUAAAAGAAUCUACUGUUAUAUUUAAUAAUUCUAUUGAUGGAGACUUGCCACCCACAUAUGUUGAAAAUUUUCAUGCAUUAGAAAGUGUUAGAAGAAUGAAAUACAAACAAAUAGAAAAUACAAAUCUUGUUAUUAGUAAACUUUCUCUUGGAUCUAGUUCUUUUGGUGGAUUAUAUGGAUCAAUGCAAUUAAAAGUUAUUGAAGAGAUUCUUGAAACUGCAUUAAAAAGUGGAAUAAAUUUUAUAGAUACUUCAUAUUGGUAUUGUCAGAGAAGAAGUGAGGAAAUCUUGGGAAAACUACUUCCUAAAUUUCCUAGACGUAGUUAUUAUAUAGCUACAAAAGUAGGAAGAUAUGAAUUAGAUUAUGCUAGAAAUAUGGAUUAUCGAGCAGAUAAGGUAUUACAAAGUUUAACAAAUUCUAUUAAAAAAAUGAAAGUACAAUAUAUUGAUGUUUGUUUUUUACAAAUCCAUGAUGCUGACUUUAACCCUUCUGAAUCCAUUAUCAUUCAUGAAACAUUACCUGCUCUUGAAAUAGCAAAACAAAUGGGUAAAAUAAAAUAUAUUGGAAUUACUGGAUAUCCUUUAGAAAAACUAAAACGUAUAGUUGAAACAUCAAGUACAAGAAUUGAUAUUGUUCAAUCAUAUUGUCAUGGUAAUCUACAUGAUAACUCUCUUGGAAAAUAUAUGCCAUUUUUUGAGCAACGAAAUAUUUCAGUGAUCAAUGCAGGUGUAUUUGGUAAUGGAUUAUUAACAAAAAAAGGACCAAAGCCAUGGCAUCCGGCUUCAGAUUACAUCAAAAAUGUUUCAAAAGAAGCAGUUCAAUAUUGUUUGAGUAAAAAUAUAUCGAUUGAACGAUUGGCUCUUGAUUAUUCCACAACAUUCAAGGGUGUUACCAGUUGUCUUAUUGGUUGCGAAAGUGUAGAAGAGUUGCAAGAGAACCUUGCAUUAAUAUGGAGCCCAAUUGGAUUGUCUGAGAAAGAACGAAGAGUUAAAGAUAGAAUAAUGCGAAGGUAUUUUGAUAAACUUGAAAAUGCUAAUUGGGAAGGCACAAAUGUAAGACGUUAUUGGAAGAUGUUAAAACAAUUGGGUUUACCUAAUCUAGCAACUCAUAGAUUUAGUUCUAUGGAAAGCAUAUCAUCAACAUUAACAUCAUUUUCCGCAGCUUCUUCAAUGAGAUCUAGAUCUUUAAUAUUUCGACCAUAA